AUGUACUUCCUACGUGGACUUACAGGUCGUACGCGGGAAGAGGGUCAGUACCGUCGAUGUACAACACUUUCCGAAGCUAUUACUGUUGCAUUGGACUUUGAUCGCUCUUAUCUUCAGCGACAUUCCCGAUGCGGUAGUUUGAAUCAUCGAUCCGCACAGUGUAAUCAUCGCCAACCACGUUAUGAUAUAGGAAACAAUCGUUCAGGCCGAAGCUAUCGGCAGCAUGUAGAUCGUCAGCAUGUCAACAAUGUGGACAGCCGUGAGGACGAAGAGAACGACCAAGAAUCCAUUUUUUACGAUCGUUUCACGAUCAAUGCCAUGGAGGUCAGACGGAAGACUGAGGAAGAACCUAUUAACUUCGUAUCAAGCAACGUUCAAUCGGACAUGCCAGCGCAGAGUCGACUUCUAGUGCGUGAUAGUGUCAUUAGAGGCAACUCCGUCAAGACUUUGAUCGACUCUGGUGCAUCAACAAAUUUAAUCCGACCCGGUCUGGCAUCGAAAGUAUCAAGCGAACAGAAGGUACGAGCGCGUCGUUUCGAUGGAAUGUGGACAUCAAGUCAUACCACGAAGAGAGUAGAAGACACAAUUUAUAUAGAAGGUAUGGAGUUUUCACGGAUCCAGUUCACGAAGUGGGACCUACCGGAUACGCACGACUUAAAAUUUGAAAAACCAUGGUUUACCAAGUACAGCCCACAAAUCGAUUGGCGUACGCACCAGAUCCAAAUAGAUGCCCACACGACGUUCGUAGACUUGGAUGGUCCUAUUAUUUAA